GCACCCCACCCCACGCACCAAACCCCCAAAUCCAUGGAGAUUUUUCAUCAUUUCUGAUUUCUUCUCACCAACAUCAAUUAUUUCAACAAAUUUAAUUUAUUUUUUUUAAAAGCAAAAAAAAGUCACCAUGCCGUGGUUGCGAAACUUCCUCCAGCUUUCUGCCUCCUACGCCAGACAAUCGCCGCCGCCGCCGCACAAAUCCGCGGCGGCGAUAUUCGGUCGUGCUUCUCCUGCGCCGUCGCUCACCCAAUUAUUGCGGCAUUUCAGCGCCGGAUCUCAGGUAACCUAUCCCGGUUUGGCGCCGACGAAGGGGGACGAGAAGCCCAGAGUGGUGGUUUUGGGGACCGGCUGGGCCGGUUGCAGGUUCAUCAAGGACAUCGACACCAAACAGUAUGAUAUUGUAUGUGUUUCGCCGAGGAAUCACAUGGUGUUCACCCCUCUCCUCGCUUCCACGUGCGUCGGAACCCUCGAAUUCCGGUCGGUCGCUGAACCGAUUGGGAGGAUCCAGCCCGCCAUUUCUCGGGAACCCGGUUCUUACUUCUUCCUCGCAAAUUGCACUGGAGUCGAUUUCCAGAAUCAUCAGAUUCACUGCCAGACUGUCACUGAAGGGGUUAAAACCAUAGAUCCAUGGAAAUUCCAAAUCUCGUACGACAAGCUAGUAAUUGCUUCCGGAGCGCAGGCUUCUACAUUCGGUAUCAAAGGUGCAAAAGAACACGCAACCUUUCUCCGUGAAGUUUCCGAUGCUCAAGAAAUCAGGAGAAAACUGCUGCUAAAUCUGAUGCUGUCAGAUGUUCCAGGGGUCACCGAUGAGGAGAAGCGGAGGCUCCUGCACUGUGUUGUUGUUGGAGGUGGGCCCACAGGAGUCGAAUUCAGUGGAGAACUCAGUGACUUUAUACGGAAGGACGUUCAUCAAAGAUACGCGCAUGUGAAAGAUUAUAUUCAUGUCACGUUAGUUGAGGCACACGAGAUACUCUCGUCCUUUGACGAUCGCCUCAGAAAGUAUGCAAUUAAGCAACUCACAAAGUCAGGAGUACGUCUUGUGCGUGGAAUCGUGAAGGAUGUUCAACCUGAUAAGAUAAAUCUUAGCGAUGGUACCGAUAUUCCAUAUGGUGUUUUAGUUUGGUCGACAGGUGUUGGUCCUUCAUCUUUUGUGAAUGCCCUCGAAAUUCCCAAAGCACCUGGUGGAAGGAUUGGGAUUGAUGAGUGGCUAAGAACUCCUACAGUGCAGGACGUAUAUGCAAUCGGCGAUUGCAGUGGGUUUCUUGAAAGUACAGGCAAGCCUGUUCUUCCAGCCUUGGCUCAGGUGGCAGAAAGACAAGGAAAAUAUCUCGCGAAACUUUUAAACCAUUUAAGCAAGGCUGGUGGUGGAAGGGCAAAUGCAGCAAAAGACUUGGAUUUUGGGGAACCGUUUGUGUAUAAGCAUUUGGGGAGCAUGGCUACAAUUGGGAGGUACAAGGCCCUCGUGGACCUCAGGCAGAGCAAGGAAGGAAAAGGUGUAUCAAUGGCGGGAUUUAUGAGCUGGUUUAUUUGGCGAUCGGCUUAUCUCUCUCGUGUCAUAAGCUGGAGGAACAGAUUUUAUGUUGCCAUCAACUGGUUGACGACUUUUAUUUUCGGUCGUGAUAUAAGUCGGAUAUAAACGCGCGGAAAAAAAGGUGAUACAUUAUGUAAAGGAACAUGCUCUUUUUGUUUUUGCUCUCACUUUGGGGAGCGGGGUAUUUUUUAUAUUUGUUUGUACUAUGUCGUCUUUAUGUACAGUGCAGUAAUUGGGAACCUUGAGUUUGGUAAAUUAGAUCAACGGUUGAGCACGAUAUUCCCACUGAAUUCUGCUAACGAAUUUACAAAGAAACGGACUUUGUGAAAGUUUUCUAUUGGUAUUUGGUCAAGUUAUUUUGGUA